GCCGCCGCCGCCGCCGCCGCCACCUCUGCCGGCCGUCUCUUCCUCCUCCAGUCCAACCCAAACCUCUCGCCCCCAUGCUCCAACUCUAGCCUCACUUCCGCCCAAACCCUCCGUCUCCCCUCCCUGCGCCUCACGCUCUCCCAUCGCAUGGCAGCGGCCACGCCCAAGACGCCGGCGGCGAUCGCCGGACCCUCCGGCGACUCUGAGCGCGAUUUGAGCGCUUCCGCAGUCUCCAUGGAGGCGCUUGGGUCCGUUGAAUCCACGGAUGAUGGUUUGGAGAUGAAGGAGCCGAGCGUGGCCACGAUACUGACCAGCUUCGAGAACUCGUUCGAUAAGUAUGGGGCUCUGAGCACGCCGCUGUACCAGACAGCCACGUUCAAGCAGCCUUCAGCAACUGUCAAUGGUGCUUAUGAUUAUACUAGAAGUGGCAACCCUACUCGUGAUGUUCUUCAGAGUCUCAUGGCUAAGCUCGAGAAGGCAGACCAAGCAUUCUGCUUCACCAGUGGGAUGGCAGCACUAGCUGCAGUAACACACCUCCUCCAGUCUGGACAAGAAAUAGUGGCUGGAGAGGACAUAUAUGGUGGCUCUGAUCGUCUACUCUCACAAGUCGUCCCAAGAAAUGGAGUUAUAGUCAAACGAGUGGAUACAACCAAAAUUAGCGAGGUGGCUUCUGCAAUUGGACCCUUGACUAGAUUAGUUUGGCUUGAAAGUCCUACCAAUCCCCGUCAACAAAUUACUGAUAUAAAGAAAAUCUCAGAGAUAGCUCAUUCUCAUGGUGCUAUUGUUUUGGUGGACAACAGCAUUAUGUCUCCAGUGCUUUCCCGUCCUAUAGAACUUGGAGCAGAUAUUGUGAUGCACUCAGCUACCAAAUUUAUAGCCGGACAUAGUGAUCUUAUGGCUGGAAUUCUUGCAGUGAAGGGUGAAAGCCUGGCUAAGGAAAUUGCAUUUCUGCAAAAUGCCGAAGGAUCAGGUCUGGCACCUUUUGAUUGCUGGCUUUGCUUGAGAGGAAUCAAAACCAUGGCUUUGCGGGUGGAGAAGCAACAGGAUAAUGCCCAAAAGAUUGCUGAAUUCCUAGCUUCUCAUCCAAGGGUCAAGCAGGUGAACUAUGCAGGACUUCCUGACCACCCAGGCCGAUCUCUACACUACUCCCAGGCAAAAGGAGCAGGAUCUGUUCUCAGUUUCCUAACUGGUUCAUUGUCUCUCUCGAAGCACGUUGUCGAGACAACAAAGUACUUCAACGUAACAGUUAGCUUUGGAAGCGUGAAGUCGCUCAUAAGCUUGCCCUGCUUCAUGUCGCACGCGAGCAUCCCAUCUGCGGUGCGUGAGGAGCGCGGGCUGACUGAUGAUCUAGUCCGGAUAUCGGUGGGCAUCGAGGAUGUAGAAGACCUCAUAGCAGAUCUUGAUUAUGCGCUCCGUUCCGGUCCAGCUUAGAGCAUAUACAAUCUGGUGUGUGUUGCGCUCGGGGUUUUGGGUUCGUGAAGCUGUAGAUGUGAUAUGUCUUGGUGUCUUGUGAUUCAUUGGUUGAUUGCAACAGUAAUAAAUGCAAACUAGGUGAAUAAGCGCGCUUGGCCGUGCCGCCUACAACACGUUU